AUGUCUACGUUCGACGCGGCAACUGGCACUGGUGGGCUCGAUGCAUCACUCAUGUUCGAGCUUGAGCGGCCUGAGAACAUCGGCUCUGCUUUCAACAACACGUUUGCAGCAAUGUGGGAUUUUCUCACGCCUAGAUCCUCAGUCUCUGAUCUUCUAGCUCUCAGCGUCGUGGCUGCAGCUGCGGCGUGUGACGGGCCUCAAAUUCCUUUCCGAGCCGGUCGUAUCGACGCAACUGAAGCAGGACCUGCCGGGGUUCCCAAGCCGGAAGAUGACCUUGAAAGUACGCGCCAAACGUUUAAGAGGGCGGGCUUCAACGAUGGUAAGACCACAGCCUUUGGAAAGGCCCAUAUCAGUGUGCGCCCUAACAAGACGUAUGCAGAGGACAUGAUUACAAUGGUAGCAUGCGGUCACAGCUUAGGCAACAUACAUAGUGUCGACUUCCCAGAAAUGGUAGCCGGCGAGACUUCCGAAGAGAACAUUGCUCAUUUCGAUACUUCUCCGACCAACUUCGACAACGCAGUUGUGACUGAGUAUCUUGAAAACGAGACAGCUAACCCUCUGGUGGUCGGGGUGAACGACACAAUGAACUCGGACAAGCGCAUCUUUGGUUCCGACGGUAACGCUACCAUGUCUUCUCUCUCGGAUCCUGUCACAUUCAAGUCAAAGUGCACCCGAAUCUUCGAGCGCAUGAUCGAUACCGUUCCCGCGUCAGUGACAUUGACAGAGCCACUAGAUAUUGUCGAUGUCAAACCCUACGUGGAUCCUCCUCGGCUGCAAUCGGACGGCAGCCUGCUGUUUGAAGGGCGCAUUAGAGUCCGUAAUAAUGCGGAAACGGGUAUCAACGGCGAUGACCUGGAAGUAUCAUUGGAUUACCUGGAUCGCCAAGGGUCCCGAGACGCAGAUAUGAUUGUGGCCAGCCGCGCCCGCAGCAGGGGUGGCCAGUCGUAUGGCUUCUGGGGCAACACGUUCACCUGGUUCGAAUUUUCCCGAUCAAUCAACGCCAGCACUGGAAUCAGCAAUUUCAACAUUCUGCUCAAGACACCUUCUACCGGUACAACAUUCAUUCUUGACAAUUCAAACACUGGUGGAUAUCCUGUGGAUUCCGACUUGCUGUACCAACAAACAGACUCAUGCGUCACGGGAACCGGUACGACUCGAGACUUGUCUCUGGUUAUAGCUCUGCGCAAAGACAACCUUGGCCUACCGUUGCGUGAGAUAUACGUGGAGCCGGUAGACGAAUUUGAAGGAGAAAUUGGCCGCAGCUUCGAGAUUGUCCGACGCACAGCAAGACUUGUCGCACAAGAGCGGCGGCGGAACUCGUUUCCCAUCGUUCUCGCUGGAAAUUGCACUUCUGCUGUCGGGGUGGCCGCCGGGCUGCAUACAGUGCAAGACUUUGGAGACGCAGAACUUGGAUGCGUGUGGUUCGAUGCGCAUGAUGAUUUCAACACGCCAGAUACUGUCACGAGCGGCUAUUUCGACUCGAUGCCCAUUGCCAUGCUAGCGGGACAAUGCUGGAAAGCAAUGCUGGAGACUGUUCCCGGGCAUCGCUCUAUCAAUUUGGAGCGUCUGGUGCACGUGGGAAUGAGAGAUGUGAACCACUUGGAGCGAGCACGGGUAGGAGAGGCCGGCUUCGACGUGAUCUGGGGCGAUACUGAGAAGAAAGUCGACUUCAAAGCAGGACUCAGCACAGUGCUGCAACGAAAGCAACUUCGUCCCACAAUGGUGCAUUUCGAUGUCGACUCUUUGGACGUCUCUAUCGGGAAAGCCAAUCGGUUUGCAGCGCCUGGUGGCCUGUUGGAGCCGGACAUUGUCGGCUGCUUCAGAGAGAUCUCCACGGCCACUGAGCCUGUCUCUUUGACUGUGGCAUCAUUCGACCCGACAUAUGAAGGUGCUCGCAAUCUUGCAGCAGUGGCUAUCAAAUCAGUCAAAGGCUUUGUACAGUCGCUCAUGGGCUCAGGUGUACUUAACAAGCCAUUGCAUCUCACGAAAACAAUAGUUUCCAGUGAUGUUGGCAUUGCUGCAUCAGAAAUUCUAUUCCAUUCCCCAAACCCCGAGGAAUACGAGUAUCAAAUCAGUACCUGA